AUUACCAGAAUGCACUGACUCUCACCACACUACUGCUCACUCUUGCGUUAUCACUUAACGUUAAUGUUUAAAAGCGUUUAACGUUAGUGUAAUUGUAGAUACAGAUUCAUUUGUAGUCUGUAACUUAUAGCAUUAGCUCUUUCUGUCUUUUCCUGGCUGUGCUCGUCCUGGUGCCCCACAAUGCUGAGUGAGCAAGAUCACCCUGUGCUCUAGCAGUGGUGCUUUGGCUGCCCUUCACUGAUUUGAUCCAGUCCCAUCUGAUCGGGUUGUCCAGACUGUCUUCUCUUUUUGGUCCACCAGAAACACUUCAUUCAGUUGCCAUAAUGUCCAGACCUGGAGAUCUUCCAGCCCUGGAAGCAGGUCCAGGUGUUUCAGAGGGACUCCUCGGGGGAAUGUCCAUCCCUGUUGGGACGACCCGUCGAGCUCACGGCUAUGAUGAUGAUCUUGAGUGCCCUAUGUCUUCACCUCCAUCUGGCAUUAAUAUUAACAACCUGUGGAGGCGACCUCUUAUACCUGAAAGGAAGUUUGCACGACUUGCUGAGGAGGAUGAGUCGGAAGGAGGGGUAAAACAAAGUGCUACCUUUGAAUACACUAAACCUCCAGUCCCUGUGGUGAAAGCCAAAGCCUCGUCGGUCAUGAACUCUCUCAUCAUCAAGCAGACCCAGGAGAGCAUGCACAAGUUUGAGAAGCAGGCAGGACUGACUGAUACAGGCUACACUCCUCACAAAGGCUUGAAUGCAGAGGAGACCCACUACCAUCGUCUGGCAGAGUCAAUGCAUAAGCUUCAAAUGCAAAGCGUAGAUGCCAAAGAAGAAAAACAGCCAUUGUCUGGUCAGUCGACGCCUGCCGUGACUCCUCAGUCCUCACCCAGGCAGAUACGCAGGGGAUGGUUCAGCACUCAGGGCUCCACCGGUUCUCUCACAGGCUCUGAGAUGAGCACCAGUUCCAGCUCCAGUGUAGAUCUGGCUUCCAGUGAUGGACCUGUAGAAUGCUGGGGCACUUUUGGACCACGACCUCAAGUCAGCAAGUCCACAACUGACCCAGGGGGCUUUGCCCUGCAGUCCUACAAGGGAGCUCAGAAACCCACCCCUAUGGAAGCGAUGAAAGCCCAGGCCACCCGCUUGGCCGAGGACCCCACAAACUUCAAAGCUCCCCCCAAGAUGGAGAUCCCAACCAUGGAGGGGAAGAGACCGAUGAGCCAACCUCACAAACUCAAACACCGGGACAUGAACGUCUUGACACCCUCUGGAUUCUGAGAGAACUCCCUACAUCCCCCUCAGCUGUACACAUAGUGAACCGUAGCUGGUCUACCCUUUCUCUUAUUAUCUUGUGCUGUCUUGCUGUUGGGUCACUGCAUUGGUAAUUGCUUUUCCCUAUCACAGACUCAUCCUUUUGCUAGUGUGGAAUUAAAUGUUCAUCCUCAGAACUUGUUGUGUGAGUGCGUAGCAGCAUUUUUGCUUGUGCUGUUGUCAUUUGUUAGCCUCUUCUUUGCUUUGCCUUUUAAUUUUU